GGAAGAAUGGAUCAGAUUUGUACAUAUUGUGGUGCCAAAUUUUGGAUGAAUGAAAAAGAUAAGCAUAGUACCCAAAAUUCUCCAUCUUUUGCUGUAUGCUGUGCUGGUGGUAAAGUCGGGUUACCACCUUUGCUCAGACCACCCCCAUAUUUGAUGAAUUUGUAUACUUCACUUGAACCUGAAGCUAAUGCAUUUCGCAGAAAUGUUAGAAGUUACAAUAGCCUGUUAGCAUGCACAUCUUUUGGGGCUGAUGUAAAUGGGGAAUUUCAGAGGAGUGGAUUAUCUAAUUUUACUAUUCAUGGCCAAGUUUAUCAUUUUAUUGGUUCAUUAUUACCAAAUGAAGGAGAAGCACCUAAAUUUGCUCAAUUGUACAUUUAUGAUACUGAAAAUGAAAUGAAUAAUCGACUCAAUAUUAUGCAAAAUGUAGAUGUAACAAUUUUACAA